AUGCAACUAGACUAUGAGGAGGUGACUCCUGGAUUUGGGAAUGGAUUUCAAGCAACUCCAAAGACGAGCACUACCAAUUGGAUCCCUUCUUCACUUACUCCACCUUCUUGGGAUGGUUUUGCUUCAUUGGCUUCUUAUUUGUUUAGCUGGCAGGAAUACUUUGAUUCAGAAACAACAACUACAUGGGGUUCUAGAGUUACUGCAGUUGCCUUUGACCCUACCUGUGGUGGCUCUAUCAUUGCUAUUGUAAUUGUUGAAGGUCAAUACCUGUCUCCUUGUGACCCAGAUGAAGUUUCACUGAAUAAAGUGAUUGCGGUUCUGGAUGCAGAUUUUCAUUCCUUCCUUCCACUCAGCACAUACAACAAUAUGGCCCUGGACAAAUGGCACACCUACUGGCACUCCUGCCCUGUAGCUUCACAAGCUGCUCAAAAUGGUAGUGCAAGUUCUACAGCAAGCACUCCAAUCCAACCAUGGAUUGGGUGGCUGAAUGCAAUUAGAGAAUUGCAAGAGGAGUUUGUUGGAAACAUGAGCUCUAAAGAGUUUGUAAAUACAAUCACGAAGUAUCUUCUAGGUAGUCGUGUCUUUGUAUUUACGCUAAGGGGAGAGGUACCUAAAGUUACUAAUGUUGGUUUAAAGCCAAGAAGUGUGAGAAAAGUUGUUGUGAUUUGUGGAGGUUUAAUGGGGUCUGGAAUAACAAUUGCCCUUAUCCUUGGUAAUAUAAAAGUUGUUCUCAAGGAAGUCAACUCUAAGUAUCUUCAAAAGGGAAUAAAAACAAUAGAAGGAUUGGCUGAAAGGAAGAAGCUACCACAGGGUCAAGAUGAAAAGGCGUUGUUAUUGGUUAAUGGGGUUUUGGAUUACUCACAAUUUAAAGAUGUAGAUAUGGUUAUAGAGGUAUGA